GGUCGUUUGAUCCGGAAGCGGCGGCGGCGGCGGCAGAGGCGACAAACCGAGGGGCUGUCGUUGGUGGGCAAGCCGAGGAUUCGAGCGAGAGGAGCGUGACCCGGAAACGGAAGCAGGUCCUUCCCAGCUCUGCUAGGCUUCACACCUGCCCCGGGCUUGCUGGCAGGCUCCCACUACCAUGGACCUGCUGUUCGGGCGCCGGAAGACACCAGAAGAGCUGCUUCGGCAGAACCAGAGGGCCUUGAACCGCGCGAUGCGGGAGCUGGACCGUGAGCGGCAGAAGCUGGAGAUGCAGGAAAAGAAAAUCAUUGCAGACAUCAAGAAGAUGGCCAAGCAGGGCCAGAUGGAUGCCGUGCGUAUCAUGGCAAAAGACCUUGUGCGCACCAGGCGCUAUGUGCGCAAGUUUGUGUUGAUGCGAGCCAACAUCCAAGCAGUGUCCCUCAAGAUCCAGACCCUCAAGUCCAACAACUCAAUGGCACAGGCCAUGAAGGGAGUCACCAAGGCCAUGGGCACCAUGAACAGACAGCUGAAACUGCCCCAGAUCCAGAAGAUCAUGAUGGAGUUUGAGCGGCAGGCAGAGAUUAUGGACAUGAAGGAGGAAAUGAUGAAUGAUGCCAUUGACGAUGCCAUGGGUGAUGAGGAGGAUGAAGAAGAAAGCGAUGCUGUCGUGUCUCAAGUCUUGGAUGAACUGGGACUGAGCCUGACAGAUGAACUGUCAAACCUCCCAUCCACUGGAGGAUCACUCAGUGUGGCUGCUGGUGGGAAGAAGGCAGAGGCUACAGCCUCAGCCCUGGCCGAUGCUGACGCAGACCUAGAGGAGCGACUCAAGAACCUGCGGAGGGACUGAUACUGUGGAGCUGGGGCAAUGGAUACCCAGGGCCUUUACUAUGAUUCCUCUUUAAUAAAGAUCGGACACUAA